UUGAGAAUGCUCACACAUGUCAAACUUGUAACUUUUUCACUCAAAACAAUGGCUUACAACUUUAGAAUUAAAACAUUGCUGUUUUUCCUUUUAUUCAUUAUUCAUGCCUGUGCUAAUGAUGGAAAAAAAAUAAGCAAACGUUACAUAGAAGAUGAGCAACUAGGAAACCUAUAUGAGCAGAAUGGUCUUCCAACAGCAAAUGAAGAGACACUGCUAGACAAAGUAAUUACAACAAUUAUGAAGGAACGGGCAAUGGAAAAACUGAAAGAGACAAUAAUGCAAGAAAUAACCCAACAGAUAACAAACUUGAAAGCGACCAUUGAAAAUCAAAACAUUGUAAUUGAUCAACUUGUUCAAAAGAUGACAGAAAAAGACAAGAUAAUUGACAACUUGGACAGCAGAUUAAGACUUCAUGAAGAAUCACAUGAAAGAAUGACUCAAGGAACUUACAGCAUACUACAAAACCAGAUGCCCCAAGAAAGUCCUCAAGAAUCAAAUAAAAGGAUGUCUCCGGAAAUUCAGAAAAAUUCAAAUGAAAAGAUGCCUCUAAAAAGUCAUGAAGACAGCCACAAUGACCAGUCAAAUACCAAUAGAAAUGAAGAUCUUAAAGACUGGACUGCCAUUACAAACAAUACAACAAAUGGAAUGGUACCAGAAACAAAUUAUUUUAAUGGCAUCCACAGAAGUAUCAGUGAACAGACAAGAAGGUCACCAUUGCAUGGUUCAUCAACAUUGGUUGCUUUUUCAGUGUAUCUAAGUGAACAUAUCAAGACUGGAACAUACCUUGAUAAAUUUGUUAUAAAGUUUGAUGGUAUCAUAUUAAAUGAAGGCAGUAUCUACAAUAACUAUACAGGGAUAUUUACAGCUCCUGUUAGUGGUAUCUACCAUUUCAGUUUUCACUGUACAGGUGCUUGGUCUGGUCUUUUAUACCCAACUCUGAUGAAAAAUGAUGAAAGAGUGGUUUCAAGUAUUAUCAAUCCACAUGACUUUACAAUCAGUGGUAGCAAUUCUGCACUUAUGCCUUUAAAAGAAGGGGACACAUUGUGGAUAGAGACAUUUGCUAGUCCACCUGUAGGUGUAGGUAUAGAGACAUUUCCCCAAUUUAAAACUGUAACUUUUUCUGGUUUCCUGCUUUAUCAAAACUGAACAUAGGGCAAUAACUCCAAAAUAAGGCAAGGCUUAACAGAUAUGCUAUGUAAACAAUACCAACUUGUUGUUAAACUUGAAUAAAUAUAUACAUUUUU